AAUUUGGAACCCGAUUACCAGCAGGAGCAGCAGAUUGGAGAGCAGAUAGACUCGGACGACCCGUUUGCGUUUACUACUACCGAACCGUUCUCUCGUAAAAACAACGAUCAGAUCAACACUCGCUCGACCAAUUCUUCAACCAUGUUCUCGUCCCGACAGAAAUACUCUCCACUCCCCAACCCUAAUGGAUCCUCCUCCUCGGGCGGGAAGCGUCGAGGAGGCUCCUCCCUGAGCCCGUUGAAGAAGAUGAUCAUCAUUGGAGGGGUGGUCAUCUUGUUGUUCGUCGGCCUGAUGGGUGGGAAACACGUCACCAGGUCUACCCCGGCCGAAGAGGGGGGUUUGGAGGGGUAUGAAGAGGGAGAGUGGUCCGGAAUCAAAGGCGUGCUCAGCCCUGAAGAUAAACUGAAUUAUGAGGGCGACGAGGUCAACCCGCAGGAAGACGGCGAGGGCGAGGAGGAGGAAGAGAUGUUCCACAUCCUUCCCGUUCCGCAUGGCAACGGCCACAAGAACAAUGCCGGAAAGGAAGGCGAGGACAAGUGGUCGGCGGAGGACAUUGCCGAACUCGAUGGACAGGAGAUGGACGAGCCCGGGCAGGCCAACGAUAACGACGGUGACGCCGACAUCCAGGUAGACAAGGCCGCACAGAAGGAACACGACUCUGACGCCGGCUUGACAGCCCCAGAAGAGAUGACUCCUUCCCGUGGACCCGACUCGUUUGAAUCCGACAAGGACGCCACGUCAACCGAAUUCUGUGAAGAGCCUCACGACGAGACGCUCAAGUUGGUUCAAUACGCCAUCGUUAUCGACGCCGGGUCGACCGGGUCGAGGAUCCACGUUUACAAGUUUAACAACUGUGGACCGACCCCAGCGCUCGAGUACGAGACGUUCAAGGCGAUCCAACCUGGUCUUUCCUCCUUCGCUAGGGACCCCACGGCGGCGGCGGCGAGCCUGGACCCGCUGAUGAAAGAGGCGCUCAGGGUCGUCCCCGAGUCGUUGCAAAAGUGUACCCCAGUCGAGGUCAAGGCGACCGCGGGGUUGCGUCUAUUGCCCGGACGAGAGGGAGAGGCCAUCCUGGAAGAAGUCCGGGUCAGGCUCGAAUCCGACUAUCCCUUUGCCGUCUCCAAGGACGAUCACGCGAUCGAGAUCAUGGACGGCAAAGACGAGGGUGUCUACGCUUGGAUCACCGCCAACUACCUUCUCGGCAAGAUCGGAGCCGGAAGCCCUGAUGCCGAGACGAUGGCCGUCAUGGACCUCGGGGGCGCUUCGACCCAAAUCGUCUUUGAGCCUACUUUCCCUGACAAGGAGACCAAGCUCGCCGAUGGUGAUCACAAGUACGACCUUUCGUUCGGUGGCAAAGAUUACACGUUGUACCAACACUCGUACCUCGGUUACGGGCUCAUGAGGGCCAGGAGGAGCGUACACAAUCUCGUCGCCUUCACGUGGAGCUUCUUGCAGCCCGGCGGAGCGGCGGGGGUCGAAUGGGACGAUCUGGCCGAGAACGUCGAGGUGCCCAACCCUUGUCUGGGCAAGGGGAUGACCAGGAGGGUCGAACUCGACCCGGCUGGCAGGAAGAGCGUCAACGUUACCAUGGUCGGUGCCGAGAGCUCUUUCGAAUCGUGCAAGCGUGUCGUCGAGCUCGUCUUGGCCAAGGAUGCUAUCUGCGAAGUCAAACCCUGCUCGUUCAACGGUGUCUAUCAGCCCUCCAUCCUGGACACCUUCCCCAACGGUCAACUUCUGGCCUUGUCCUACUUUACCGACCGCAUUCAGCCCUUGCUCGCACCGUACGCGUCCAGGCCCAAACACUACAAGUCUGAUGAUUCCGAUUCCGAGGAACCCAUUUCAGCCGAGGUCGAUGUCAGCGACACCAAGACCUUGUCGGUAAAGACGCUCGCCUUGAUGGCGAAGGACGUCUGUGCCGGACCUGCUACCUGGAAGAGGAGGUGGGGACAUGACAAGGAGGCCAUGGCCGAGCUGGAAGGAAGGCCCGAGUACUGCUUGGAUCUGACCUUUAUGCAUGGAUUGCUCGGACUUGGAUACGAGCUUACCGAGAAGCGUGAGCUCGUUGUCGAGAAGAAGCUUCGAGGUGUCGAGCUCGGAUGGGCUCUCGGAGCCGGUAUCGCCCUGGUCGAAAAGGCUACCCUCACUUGUACCGCCUGAGCGGGCAGUGGGAUCAGCCUGUAGAUCAGCAAACGAUCACUUUGUUCCUUCUCUUCGAGGUCUAUUAGAUGUGCGCGUACAGGUGUAACACGUUCCUUUUACAAUACUUUAUGUUUCGGGCUGUCAUACACAUCACGGUCAUUACCUGCUACUUGCUACCUGG